AUGGCCUCUGGAAACCUCCUGUCCCUUCGGGGCUUGAGCGAAGCUUGGUCGUCUUCGGUGAAGCGGACUCCGGAAGAGCAUAUCCUGGAGUACCUGGCCAGUUACCUGGGCAUUCCGGAAGAUGCCGUCCCACCGCCUCUCAGACGCUUCGUCUCUCAGGUGACCAUGGGAAAUCCGCUCUACAUCCGAGAGACGCUCGAUCAGCUCUUGCAGGAUGGCAAUUUGAAGGUGAAGCCCGGUGCGUCGGCGAGUGCAGCGUUGGACAAAAUCGACAUCGCUGCCUGGAGCCACACUGCCAUGGUGGGCGGCACCGUGUGCAACAUCGAAUCCUUAGACCCCAUCGAGAUGGCGGCGCUGAAGAUGUCGACCUGCUUCGAAGGGUCCUUCACCCUGCCGGAUUUAGCGGCCAGCAGUUGUUCGCAGUGGGGCGGAGCGACCCACUUCGAUCUCCUGCGGCUUUUCAGAGCCACACGGAAGUUGGUGAGCAGAGGUUUCAUUGACAAGGUUCCGCCGCCCAGCAGAGAUUCUCCACGACAAAGCGUCAACGGUGAUGGCUUUGGGGACACUCAGUACUUUGCAAUGCAGAGUGCCCUGAUUCGAACGGUUGGCGCGUCUAUGGUCCUGGAGGCGCAAAAGAAGUCGGUGAAGCGAAACGCGCUGAUCGACAGAGUCCUUAAGCAAGACUUGCCAGAUCGAAUGACGGAGCUGGCUGCAAAGAAGUCAGUUCAGCACAUUCCCUGGUACUACGAACGAGCACUUCGACGGAUGUUGCCGUAG